AUGGCCAAAAGUCUGCAAGAAAAGGCGACCUGCCCAGUUUGCCUGGAUUAUUUCUCCAGUCCUAUUUCUCUCUCUUGUGCACACGUUUUCUGCUUUGAUUGCAUGCAGAAUUGGGUGUCAAAAAGGGAGGAUCCAAAGUUGACCUGUCCCCUGUGUCGAGGAUCACUGGAGAAACCUCCUUUGGAAGAAUGGCAAGUCAGAGCACUGACACUUCUCAUCAAGCAGCACGGGCCCCUCCUGGAGCUGGGUCUGCACGUGAGCAGUGAGCUCCAGCGGUUCUGGGAAGACAUAACCCUGGACGCAGCCACCGCCAACUCCCUGCUUGUCAUCUCCGAUGAUCGAAGGAGCAUCCGGUGUGCAGAGACCCGUCUCGACACGAGGGAAGACCCCAGGCGGUUCACCCACCUGACCUGUGUCCUGGGUACAGCCUGCUUCUCCUCCGGCCGACAUUACUGGGAGGUUGACGUGGGAGAGGUGAAGGAGUGGUCUCUGGGUGUCUGCAAGAAGUCGGUUGACAGAAAGGGGAAGAGCGAUUUGUCCUCUGAGCAUGGCUUCUGGACCAUUAGCAGGAAGGCAGGAGCGAUCCAUGCUAACUCCACCCCAGAAAGUGGAAUUCCCGCAAGCCCUGACCUUCAGCGUGUGGGAAUUUUCCUGGAUGUUGAGAUGGAAGAAAUCAAGUUUUUUGAUGUUGGGAAUGAUUCCCUCGUGUAUACAUACUGUCCUCUCUCCUCUUCGGAGCAUUUUUGUCCCUUCUUCUCUCUUGAGCUGCCAGGGGAAGGUGACAGCGGUGCUGCCGCGGAGACUGCCAUCAGAGGGAGGCCCUCCCUAAGGUUCUAA